AUGGCUCCCAAUCACCGAGCUUCGUCCACCGGCAGCUUCAUCGAAAGCAUCCAAGCUGCCCGGAAGCAACUGGACAACAUGGCACUGAGCACUCCUGAUUCCUCGCUCGACGGUUCAGAGGCAUCAUCCCCUGGCGACUCUCCAGUGGGAAGCCCUGCUAGCGCUCUCUCACCCGUCACCCCUUCGAUAACUGUCGAUGCUCCCGUAGCCGAUAGCUUCGCCUUCGCCUUCGACAUUGAUGGUGUCCUUAUCCGCGGUGGCCGUGCCAUUCCCGAGGCCGUCGAGGCCAUGAAGGUACUCAACGGCGAGAACGAAUACGGCAUCCAAAUUCCUUAUAUCUUCCUCACGAACGGAGGCGGCAAGACUGAAGAAGAGAGAUGUGGCGACUUGUCAAAACAGAUGGAGAUUGAAAUCUCCCCCGCACAAUUCAUCUGUGGCCACACCCCCAUGAGGGAAAUGGCCGAUCGAUUCAAGACUGUUCUGGUCGUCGGUGGAGAAGGCGAGAAGUGUCGUCAAGUUGCUGAAGGCUACGGCUUCAAGGAUGUCAUCACACCUGGCGAUAUCAUUAAGCACAACUCGGCCACAACACCAUUCCGCAAGCUUACGCCCGAUGAGCUCAAGAACUCUCGCGAGCGUGACUUCACCGACGUCACCAUCGAGGCUGUCUUCGUCUUCGCGGACUCUCGCGACUGGGCCGGUGACAUUCAAAUCAUGCUCGAUAUCGCAAUGUCCAAGGGCGGCAAGAUCGGUACUCUGAGCGAGACCUUCGAUGAGGGCCCACCAAUCUACUUCUCCCAUAACGACGUCGUAUGGUCUGCGGCUCACGACAACGUGCGUCUGGGUAUGGGUGCUCUCCGCCGUAUGCUUGAGGUCGCCUUCAAGGACGUUACCAAGAAGAAGGGCAAGCUCCACACACACGCCUUCGGCAAGCCUCAAGUCAGCACAUUUGAGUUCGCGACGAGGCUCUUGCAACAAUGGAGACGCCAGCAGCACGGCCUCGACGCCCCUCCCGACACGGUCUACUUCGUCGGCGACACCCCCGAGUCCGAUAUCCGCGGUACCAACCUGUACGACGAGCACGCGGACAACGAGUGGCACAGCAUCCUGGUCAAGACCGGUGUCUACCAGGAUGGUACGGAGCCGGCUUACAAGCCCAAGGCUACUGUCAACACCGUCUUAGACGCCGUGCGCUACGGUAUCCAGCGCGAGAUCCGCAAGCGGGUCGUCACCUCCCUGCGCAAGGACAUCCUCGGCGAAGAGGAUUGCCUCCGCGCCAUGCAGGAGAAGGGUAGCGCGUGUUACACUCCCCUCGAGGAGCGUUCGCAACCAAUCUUGGGUUAA